GAAAUGCAACCCUGUUGUGGUUGUUUGACAACUCGUGCGAUAAGUAAAUACUGACAAAAAUUUUGUGCCAUGCGUCAUUCCACUUUUGGACGAGGUUAGAAAAACUAUCGCAGCUUUUCCAGCGAUUACCGAAAAGGAACACAUAGGAGUUAGUAGUUACCGCUUAGGACAAAACCUAGAGCUCCAUACAAAAUCAACUCGCCAAAUUGUACGAGGAAUUUAUUGCUCUAGCGUUAAAGCAAAUUUUAAGGAAGCGGCAGCCGAUACUAAUCCUACGGAAAAGCUAACCUCAUCAGCAUCAGACGUUGGAACAACAUCCAAAAGGGAUUCAACAGCAGCAGCACAACAACAACAUACAAGACAACAGACUUUAUUUGAAGAUCCAGACGAAGAAGAUUACAACAGUUUUGGUAAAAUGGCUCCUCAUGACAAAACUUAUGGUGCCGCUCGUGGCGGACGUGAUGAAAACCGCAGCCGUGGUGAGGGUGGCGAUCGUUAUGGCAGCCGUAGCGGUGGACGUGGUGGUGAUUACCACGGCGUAAGCAAGGGACGUGUUGAAAAAGGAGGUCGUGGUGGUGAUCGUGGAGGUCGCGGUGGCGGCUUCGGUGGCGGUUAUGGCGGCGGCAGUGGUUUUGGCGGUGGUGAUCGUCGUGGAGGUGGUGGCGGUAACGCCCAAGACCUUUCCAUUCGCCCCGUUGAUUUCAGCAACUUGACUCCAUUCAAAAAGGAUUUCUACAAGGAACAUCCCACUGUUGCCAAUCGCUCCUUUGCCGAGGUCCAGCGUUUCCGUGACGAACAUGAAAUCACAAUUCGCGGUAAUGCCCCCAAUCCCAUUCAAGAUUUCAGCGAGGCCUACUUGCCCGAAUAUGUAACCAAAGAAAUCCGCCGUCAAGGCUAUAAGGCACCCACAGCCAUUCAGGCCCAGGGUUGGCCCAUUGCCAUGGCUGGCCACAAUUUGGUCGGUAUUGCCAAGACAGGUUCAGGCAAAACUUUGGGUUAUAUCUUGCCCGCCAUUGUACACAUCAACAAUCAGGCUCCCCUGCAACGUGGUGAUGGUCCCAUUGCCUUGGUUUUGGCGCCCACCCGUGAAUUGGCCCAACAAAUUCAACAAGUUGCCACCGAAUUUGGUUCUUCAUCAUAUGUACGCAAUACUUGUGUAUUCGGUGGUGCACCCAAAGGCGGUCAAAUGCGCGAUCUUCAACGUGGCUGUGAAAUUGUUAUUGCCACACCUGGACGUUUGAUUGAUUUCUUGGCCGCUGGUGCCACCAAUUUGAGACGUUGCACAUAUUUGGUAUUGGACGAAGCUGAUCGUAUGUUGGAUAUGGGUUUCGAACCUCAAAUUCGUAAGAUCAUCUCACAAAUUCGUCCCGAUCGUCAGACAUUGAUGUGGUCCGCCACAUGGCCCAAAGAGGUUAAGCAAUUGGCUGAAGAUUUCUUGGGAGAUUAUAUACAAAUUAAUAUCGGUUCAUUGGAAUUGUCGGCUAAUCACAAUAUUCGUCAAGUCAUUGAUGUGUGCGAGGAAAAUGACAAGGAAGAAAAAUUAAAAUCUUUGCUUUCGGAAAUCUAUGAUACCAGCGAAAAUCCCGGCAAAAUUAUAAUUUUCGUUGAAACAAAACGUCGCGUUGAUCAUUUGGUACGUUUCAUUCGCAGCUUUGGCGUCCGUUGCGGUGCCAUUCACGGUGACAAAUCACAAUCGGAACGUGAUUUUGUAUUGCGUGAAUUCCGUUCGGGCAAAUCAAAUAUUUUGGUAGCCACAGAUGUUGCCGCUCGUGGUUUGGACGUUGAUGGCAUUAAAUAUGUUAUUAAUUUCGAUUAUCCACAAUCAUCGGAGGAUUAUAUCCAUCGUAUUGGCCGUACUGGACGCUCAAACACAACUGGCACAUCAUAUGCAUUCUUUACACGCAACAACUCAAAACAAUCGAAGGCAUUGUUAGAUGUACUUCGUGAGGCUAAUCAGGAAAUCAACCCCGCUCUAGAAAACAUGGUACGCAACAGCCGUUUCGAUGGUGGCGGCCGUUCCCGUUAUGGCGGUGGCGGUAACUCUCGUUACAAUGGCACCUUCAAAAAGGGCUCCAUGAGCAAUGGUCGCGGCUAUGGCGGCGGUAAUGGCGGUGGUUAUGGCGGUGGCCGCAGCAACGGUUAUGGCGGUGGUGAUAGUGGUCGCAGCAACGGCUACGGUGGCGGCAGUGGAGACAGUGGCUACAGCCGUGGUGGCGGUGCCAGUAGUAGUAGUGGCGGCAAUACCAGACAUACGCGUUUUGAUUAAAC